AACUAAUGGGAUCCUAUCGAUGUUUCUGCCUCCCCAUCAGAGCCUGAUCUGCACACGGCGGAAUGUUCAUGUUGCCACAGCCUGUCCGUGUUGUCUUGGGCUGCUGCGAGUCCGGCUUCGUUGUUCGUAGUCGGUCCAUAAUGUCAUGGAGCUCGACAGAUAUGAUUUAAAAAAAAAAAAUAAUGGUAAAAAAAAACCCUGCAGUAAAGCAACACUGCUGCGAUUGACUGGACUAUGGAAGUGAUCGGGUUUACUCUGCACAUGUGUGAGGAGAAGUGUGUGUCCCAUGUUGCAUUAGUGUCUGUGUGAAAUGCUGGCCUGUCUGCCACGGCCAGGUGACCUCCCCAUCCAGCUUCUCCCCCACACGCAGAUGAACACUGGACAUCAGAAAUGGGACACCACGCAAAGGAUGAGGUCCGCUCCGUUUCCAACCCCUGCAGAAUUGGACGCCUUUGCUAAGAAGGUCGGCAACAAUCCCCUCACCAUCAAGAUUUUCCCCAACAGCGUCAAGGUCCCCCAGCGGAACCACGUGCGGCGUACAGUCAACGGGCUGGAUACGUCGGGGCAGCGCUACAGCCCUUACCCUUCUGCGCAGGCCACUGCCAAGACGGGCCUCCUCGCCAUCAUCAAGGUGCCCACAGUGAAAGGCGUCCUAAAAGAUUUUGACGGCAGCCGGGCUUGCCUGCACUCCGACGUCAUCACGAACCCCUCUAGCAGCAGACCCUACCACGUGGCCUCGACCAGCACUUUAAACCACCACCCACCUCUGCCCCGGCUCCAGCAGAGCGUACCCCUGCAACCACAGGACCCACCUCAGACUCUACAGAUGCCCCUCCAGCAACAACCGGGUCACACCCAGAGCCUCAGACACCCUGCCCACAUGGCCCAGCACCCUCAGGGCCCAGCCAGACUCCAGACUCUGUCUCAGCACCCGGCCCUUGGUCUCCCACAGGGGCCCCUUACCGUCAUGCUUCAGCAGCAGCCCCUCCAGCAGCAGCACCCACCACCCGGCCUGCAGGGGAGCAGAAAGCUGCCAGAUGGCGACGCACCGCCUAAUGUUACCGUCUCUACCUCAACCAUUCCACUCUCCAUGGUCGCCGGGCUGCACCAGGGCAGCCAGGCUGACCUGAGCACCAUUGUGCAUCAGAUCAACCAGUUCUGCCAAGCUCGGGCCCACGGCUUGGGACCCAACUCCAUGUGCGAGGGCCAGAUCGCCAACCCGAGCCCGAUCGGUCGCAACAUGCUCAUCAGCGCCUGCUCCAGGGUGUCCAUGCACAGCAACCCCGCCACCUCUGGCUUUGCCCCGGCCAACUGCAUCAUCGGUGCUCAAGAGAAUGCCGUCGCCCCAGUGGGAGCUCACCCGCCACACGGCGUGGCUAUUAUGAACCACUUGCCUUCCAACCACACCGAUCUCAAGCAGCAUCCGCAGCACUACCACCACCACCACCUGCAGCAGCAUCUGCAUCAGCAGGAUCCGCAGCAACAACAUAACACACAGCAGCAGAAGAUGCGCUCUUGGAAUCAGCACCAGUUGGGUCACUUGCCCCUCAUUCAGAACGGUGGGAGCCACCUCUGCACGCAGCCUUCCAGGGACCCCGCCUUCCAUUUUAAGGGCAUGGGCUACCCUGCAGAGGUGUGUGUGGGUCAGCCUUACACACUGAAACCACCCGUAGAGAGGCCCACCCCUUCCCCCCCUGUCAACAACUGCAUGCCCGGCCCCAUGGCCCACUACGCCAAUGGUCACUACUUCCAGUCCCACUUUUGGAACAACAGCAUCCUACCCACACCCAACAGUGACAGCUCCGGGUCUCAGGACAUACCCAUGCCAUUCCAUGCUGCGGGCCCAGGGGGGUGCACCACACUAGACUGCGGGCCCCCUGUGGCCCCCCAUUACAGGCUAGGAUCGAGCUCCUCCAUCUCGUCCUCCUCGGCCCAGAGCAAUCUGAUGCAAACGGCAGAUUUCUUGGCUGGGGACUUCCAGACUCCCUACUUCCGCGAUCAGAAUAUGGGGUUGGUGAGCAAGAUGCACAGGCCUCCUCUGAGCAGGGUCGGUCCAGAUGUGGGGGAUGGCGGAACCGCUCUCACCCAGCACCCAGGGUACAGAUAAGCUAUGGCCUUGUCUACACAAGAGUUAUCAAAACCUGUUGGUUUAGUCUUAAAGGAAACACAGAAAUACAACUAAAUGGAUAACAAACAAAACACCUAAUGUUGAAGAGGGUCAAUUAAUAUAUUAAAUAAAGAGCGGUAGGUUUUUUUGGUUGUGUUUUUAUAAAUCUUGCAAGUGAUCAAUUGCUACCUUUUUUCCCUUUUGUUAAGUAGUGCGUUUAUCUGGCACUUUAGGGAAUUUGUUAAUGUGCGUGUGUAUACACAUCUGUACUGUGUGUCAUUCCCUCCCUCCUCUAUCUGUGGGCCUGGAUCGCAACAGAUCCUGUGUUAUUCCUACUGCAGAUCUAUAUAAGAUACAUCUAGUGCUGGGUGUUUUUUUUUGUCAGGAACUGUUGGCUCAGACUAGUUGUGGGAUUUUCUUAUUGGUGGGAACUCUCCAACCUCAUAGUAACUGCAGGUUUAAACCGAUUUGGAGUCAGAAAAUAAAAAGAAUCUUAUUACAGCGCAAAGCCACCAGAUACUGAAGAAUCCAGAGUACUUGCGGUAUGCACAUUUAAACAAUGUAAUUAUUUAUUUGUAUCAUAGGACUAUUCAAGAUCGAUUCCUCUCUGUCAGUUAAGGAAGCAUGUAAUCAGGUUGUUUUGUACAUAGUCAUGAUCCAGCAGGGAGCAAGUAUGUUUAAAAGGCAAUGCUUUGUCCUGCUGAAAAUGCUGCAAUUAAUUCAGGUGUUUUAAAAGAAGAAGAAAAAAACCGUCUGUCAAUGCCAGGAAGGUUUGGCAAAAAAGCUGGUGAAAUGAUAAGCGCAGAAAAAGUCUUGAAAGAUCAACACUCAUACUUUAAAAUGGCCAAAGUCAUGUUAAUAAGGACGUUUUGUGUUUGUCUCCGAUUGUU